AUGUCGUUCAGGGCCUUCUUGCUUGCCCUUAAUCUUUUAAGCGCUUUGGUUUUUGGUUCUCCUGUAAUAUCAGGUAAAGACGACCUUGUUGAAAUACUGAAUGCUCAUGAAAACUUUAACGAUGGAAGCAUUGUUGCUGCUUUUGUCGAUGAGCUAAAGUCAUUAUCGAGCAGCAACAAAACUAAAUGCGAGCAAUGCGUCACAAGAUUAGCUAUCGGCAAGUCGCUAUCCUUACUCAAACCAAACCUGGUUCCAAAAGUAUUCACUAAGUGGUGUACAGAGACUGGGUAUAUGAGCAAUAAAACGUGUAUUGCCACUUUCAGCAGAAAUACAGUUGAAUCAAGUAACACUGGUACCAACUUCGCAGACAUGCUAUCCUUGAUGGAUCCUUUUGGUUACGACGGCCAACUGUACUGCAAUUACAAGGAAAGUGGCGCCUGUCCAAAACCCCUGACCCCCAAUGUGUCCCUGUCGCAUAUGUGGCCGGAGAAACAACCAAAACACAGCAUAGCCCCUGAGCCAUCGAACGAGACAUUUAAUGUGUUGCAUGUCUCAGACUUUCACAUCGAGCUUGAUUACACUGUGGGUGCAGAGGCUAACUGCUCUGCUAGCAUGUGUUGCACUCCACAUUCAAAAAACAGUGUCUCGAACAACAACACAGACCAACACAAGUGGAACUCCUACUACAACUCAUCCUACACUGAUGACUCCUUUUCAAAAGGUUCUCUCAUCGAUGUUUUCCAGAACAGUUCUGUUUGGGCGCCAGCAACCACAUUUGGCAAUUACAAGUGCGACGCUCCCGAGAUUCUGAUCAACUCUUCACUAGAUUCGAUCGCCCAGUUCAGCAAAGACAAUGACAUAAACUUCGACUUCGCGAUUUUUACAGGUGACCUAGUCGAUCAUGAUGAAAUUUCUCUUACCAGUUAUGAAAUGACUGUACAAUCAGAGGAAAUUGUCUUUAGAGAUAUCAAGAAGAAGUUAGCAGAUGUUCCCGUGUACUCUGUCAUGGGAAACCAUGAUACAUUUCCAUAUGGAGAGCUAGCUCAAGAAAACCACGGAUUUGCAAACCUUUUCUCCUGGAAUGCAGAGCUUAUGGCUGAUUUGUGGGAAGAUUAUGGCUGGCUAGGUCCUUCUGAGUCACAGUACGCGAGAAAACACUACACCGGUUUUUCUGUUGUCACUAAGAAAGGGCUCAAGGUUAUUGCCUUGAACUCCAAUGUUUGGUACAAGAAAAACCACUAUGCUUACUGGAAUGCGUCCGAACCAGACACUUUUGGUCAGUUUCAGUUUUUGAUUGAUGAGCUUGUUGAAAGUGAAUCCAAAGACCAAAGGGUUUGGAUCCUUGCCCAUAUACCAUUCUCAUCCGAUGUCCUUCCGUUGCCCUCAAAGCUCUUUGCAGAAGUGGUGCAAAGAUUCUCUCCAUACACCGUUGCUAACAUAUUUUUUGGUCACACGCACCUUGACCAAUUUGAAAUUUUGUACUCAACGUCUGGAGAAGAUGCUAAAACUAUCGAAAAUGUCGUCGCGUCAUCAUGGAUAUCGCAAGCAGUUACUCCAUGGGUCAACAAUAAUCCAUCUUGGAGGUACUACACCGUCGAUGAGAAAACAUUUUCCAUUAUGAAUGCUUACAACUUCUAUACAAAACUUAACGAAACGUUCACCAAUGAUGGUGCUGAACCUGUCUGGGAAUUUGAAUACUCCUCGAGAGAAGGGUACAACAUAACCUGGCCCGAAACUUCGCCGCUCAACGCUACAUAUUGGCAUAAGGUUGCUAGUGCCAUCAACAAUUCGGUUGAGGCAAAUCAAUUGUACAGAAACUACGCCAUGAGGUUUUCUCCUUACGUUCCUGAUUGCGCAAAAUCCACAGGUUGCGCCGACGACUACUGUUACCUGACAUCUUUCACAGUUGAUGAAUACGACGCUUGCGUUGGAAGCUCGUCAUAA